AUGGCGGUAGAGAACGUUAAACAUUCUCAUGAGGCUGGGCCACGGGCAGGGAAUCAAGAGCAAGAUGUGAGAUCACAUGAGCAAGAUAGUAUCAAACCGCCCACUGCCCAAUCUUCAACCAAACGUCUCAAACAUUCUCCAAUUGUCGAGGACCAGGAACAAUUACGAACACCCUCACCGAGUCCAUCUCCACGGAAUUCAUCAUCAUCCCAUGUGUCUGUAAAUGAGCCGCUGUUUAGACCUGCGAAUGAGACACCACUUACUGUACAAGCUGGCAAUAAGAGUUCCGAGUCUUUUCAUCAGUCGAGAAACAUCUCUUCCCUUGCGGAGGAUAACCGAGUAGAUGUAUUACUUCCACCGCCCCCAAUAUCGAAAGCCCCCAUAUCUUCUCAUGAACUUGGUGAGGUCCCGGAGGAACAAGUCAAGAAUCAGCGGAAAUUGUCCUUGGAAGGUAUUGGAGAAGAAAGAGUUCUUAAAUUAUCAGCUGCUGAGAUGACAGAGUUGACAUCUGCUCCUGAAUCUUUGCCCAAGAUGUCACCCAGCAGUGUUCUAACACCCAAGAAAAGUGAAAGCGACACUGAAGGACUUGGACACAACAGGAGCAGUUCUGAUGUACCACGGAUGGAUCUUAACGAUCAAUUACCUGAAAUAGCAGGUCGUCGCAAGUUUGACACCCCAGAAUCUGUGAAGUUCAUUUCAGACGUCAAUGAUGAGCGCCAGUAUUAUCCAGAAGGAACUCAAGCCAACACUGGUACCAAGCGACCCACGAUCUCGUCCUUUUCCCGUGCAUUUAGCGCCCAGCCACCUCCAAACCAAUGGUCACCAUACUCCAAAUCAAACGCAGUUCCAACAUCCCCAAAGCGGAAACCAUUUCCUAUUGGUCGUGGGCCAGAAUCGUUAAACCUCAAUCUUGAAGGGUUGAAUUCUCCCGUGGCACAUGGAGUGAGUAAAUCCUCACGACUGCCUGAUAUACCACCACCGUCGCCAAUACCCCAAUCGAUUCCUCUCCCCCCAAUGUCAAUUCCUACCUAUCUACAGCUCGAACUUUCCGCCACAAGACCAUCACCUUUGUAUAUAUAUCGUUCGGCUUCCUCUGAAUUUCCCUAUGAAUCAUCGAAAGUUAAGUUUGAGCGUUUGUUGAAUUUUUUGUUGUUACCGCCACAACUGGAACAGGUCCUGUACUUUGGAUCUUUGGCAUGUCUUGAUGCCUGGCUUUAUACCUUUACAAUUCUACCUUUGCGAUUUUUCAAAGCUUUAGGGAUUCUCAUUUCGUGGUGGGGUCACGUUUUAGCUAAGGAGUGUCGCUUCAUUACUGGCUAUGUCUAUCAUGGCACAAGUCGUAUGUGGCAUCGACGGAAUGAACGCCGUAGCACCGAAUCUCUUUCACCGACAAGAAGUAUGUCUCGUCCAAGUAGGCCUUCGAUGUCAGCUACAACAUCGUUUCAAUCUCAAGCUGGAAGAACUUCCGAAACAUUUAGGCGCAGCGGUACUACUGAAACUACCCCCAAACUAAAUAGCGAGCGUAGAGCCAGACAAGGUUGGGGUCGUAGGCAUCGCCGCAUGAAGUCUCAGCCAUCUUCAUUAUCUUCGUACAAUAAAGCCGAUCUUCUACAAGGAGCUGUCAUUAUCUUCAGUUCAUUUUUUCUCAUGAAGUUGGACGCAAGCAGAAUGUAUCAUAGCAUUAGAGCGCAGUCAGCAAUUAGACUAUAUGUUAUAUAUAAUCUUUUAGAGGUCUUCGAUCGCCUUGCGGCAGCCCUAGGCCAGGACAUUUUUGAAUGCCUAUUUUCCGACGAAACGCUGGAACGAGAUAGCGACGGUAGAAGCAAAGUAUUACGACCCCUUGGCAUGUUCAUACUUGCUCUUAUAUACAACGUCGUUCAUGCAGCAGCAUUAUUUACUCAAGUCGUCACCUUGAACGUUGCUGUAAACUCAUAUUCAAAUGCUCUCAUUACACUAUUGUUAUCGAAUCAAUUCGUGGAAGUCAAAGGAACGGUGUUUAAGAAGUUUGAAAAAGACAACCUAUUCCAACUCACGUGUGCCGAUGUUGUGGAGCGAUUCCAGCUUUGGCUUAUGCUCAUGAUCAUUGCAUUGCGGAACAUUGUUGAGAUGGGUGGGUUUAGCAGCAUGGUGUCAUCGGCGUCAGAAGCGACUAGUCCGCUACGUACGAGCUCGAUGCUUCCCAAUAGUUUUACCAUACUUCCAGGUUGGCCAGGCGAGGUUCUUUCGCCGUUCUUCAUUGUGAUAGGUAGUGAGAUGUUGGUAGAUUGGAUCAAACAUGCAUAUAUCAGCAAGUUCAAUGGUGUCAAGCCAGCAAUUUAUCAACGAUUCCUCGACGUACUAGCCAAGGACUAUUACACCAACGCUUUUGUCAACCAAAACCUCAUCAAACGUCUGGGUCUUCCAGUGAUCCCACUUUCGUGUCUCUUCAUCCGAGCUGCAUUUCAAACGUAUCACAUGUUUCUCGCCACUCAUCUCCCUCCCCCACUUCCAUCAACUGCAACAUCUUUAUCCGCCGAAUCCUCUCCAGCCACAACAGCAGCCCUCGAACAUUUCGAUACCAUCGUCCGCAAAGCCCUCGGUCGCUCAACUUUCGGCUUACCAAACCCGGACUCUAUCACACCAUGGUAUCUACCCAGCACCGACGAUGUAAUCGCAUCACUAACCAUGAUUGUCUUCUUCCUCGGCGCAUUCUUCGUGCUCCUCGCCUGCAAACUCGUGCUCGGCAUGCUCUUAUUAAAAUUCGCACGUAAUCGUUACCGAACCAUGAAAAAGCGCGAGAAUCGAAGCUAUGAGACGGGUGGGAAGAGGGUGGGUGGCUGGGGCAUGGUGGAAGUGGAUGAUGAUAAGAAACGAUGGAUUUAUGAUGAUGAUCCAGAGACCUUGAAGAAGUUGAGAGAAAAAGAAAGGUUGGCCAGGGAUAAGGAGAAGGUGGGGGAUGUGCAUGAUUUUUCGAAGAUUAGUAGGUAUGAGAUGGCGGCGAAGAGGAUUUGGUGA